GAUGAGAAAUCGCCCGGAAUCGCCCUUCUCGCAGCCCCGGGGCUCUGCCGCGGGCAGGAGAGCGGCUCCGGCCGGAGCAGGUGCCUGCGGCCGGCCGGGAGGAGCCGAUGCUCCGGGCAGCCAGCAGCUCGGAACUGCCGUGUAAAAUGUGGGGUGUCGUGGGACCCCCAUCUCCAGUGCUCCUCCGUGUGAGCACCAGCACUGCCCUUACCCGCAGCGGCUCGGCUCCCGCGGCCGGGAGCGCCCGGGGCCGGGCAGCAGACGCCGGCUGCGGCAGAGCCGCCCUCCCUGUGCCGCUUGGCUGCGGCCCCAGCGGUCCAGCAAAACCAGAGCUGGGACCAGCGUAUUUUUAUUUAUUUUCUCUAAGUUCAUUUUUAGACAGCUGCAUCAAUCCUGAAAAAGUGGCUUUUUCUUCCCGUCCCUUAUAAUCCUUAAAUUUUCCGUCUGCCUCAACACACGUCCCGAAGUACUCGUUCCCUACCGGGCAGAACAACCCAAAACAAAACCGAACAAGAAUACAAGCAACAAACCGAAACCAACCAAACAAACAAGCAAACAUCAAACAGCAGACGAGGAAAUAUGAUACGAGUUCAGCUGUGAGCUGGAUCUGAUCUGCUUCGUAUUCCGAAAAAAAUCCCAAACCCAUUAAAGUAACAAACCAGAGAGAGGCUUCGGCCGUAAGACCAGCUUGUCCCGACAGUGCCUCCUGACUUUAUUGCUGCUUAUUGUUAUUAUCAUUAUUAUUAUUAUUACUGUAAUUUUUUAUUUCUCAAAACCAAAAACGUGCGAUUCCGGGGAGCCUCCACCCGGCUCGCCAUCUCCCAACACGCCGCGGGAGAACAGAAAGCUAAAAAGAAAAAGAAGCGAAAAGCGCACAGAUUUGGGGGAGGGGGUAUUUAUUAUCGCUGGGGCAAGAGGGAAGCGGCCGAUGACCAAAUCCCCGCCACCCGCGGAGGACACGGCGUGGCUGGAAGUUGUUGUUUACGGGGAUGGUCGGGGAGGGGGGUCGCGGUUCACGCGCGUGGGCGCGGUGCCCCCGCCCCGUCGCUGCCGCCCUGCCCGGCCCGGCCCGGCCCGCCCGGUGCCGUCCGCCCCGUCCGGUCCCCGGCGGUAUUUAUGGCGGCGGCCCGGCGGGCGCCCAUUGGGCGCGGUGCGGGGUGUCAGCGGCGGCGGCGCCGCGCCAUUGGCCGCCCCCACGUGCGGGGCCACCUCACGUGCUUCCGGUGCGAGUGAAAAAAGUGUGGCUGAGGGAUUUUUUAGGGAGAGUUUGGUGCACGGACCGGCGCUGUCAGAGAUUGGGCCUUUUUUUUUUUUUUUUUUUUUUUUUUUUAAAGGGAAAAAAAAAGAAUUUACAAAAAAAAAAAAAAAAAAAAACCUAAACGGGCGCGGGCGGCGCAGCACCGGGCUGGCGGGGACGGGCUCCGGCAGCCCGCGGCGUGGGCAGAGCGGACCGUGACAGCGGGGCAGCGCGGAGCCGCCGCGGCGGCGGGGAGAUGGGCAAAUCGUGACGGGUUUUCGGGGGGCGGGUUUUUUGGGGGGGCCGUCGUGCAGCCGCACACCUUUUUGGGUUUGCUCUUUUUUUUUUUUUUUUUUUUUUUUUUUUUUGGUCUUUUUUUUUUUUCUUUUGGUGGUGGAAAUAUAAGCUGAUCGGGAGAAGGGGGAGAGAAGCCCUCGAGUAUCUCCCAGGUUUUGGAUCCAUCCGUGAGAGGGAGAGAAAAAAAAUCUCAGCUCCAGCCCAACAAGUGGAAUUUAAUAUUUUUUCUUCUUUUUUUUUUUCUUUUUUCUUUUUUCUCUUUUUUUUUUUUUUUUUUUUUUUAAUUUUUUCCUCCCCCUUUUCCACCCCGCCACCCACCGUCAAAGUGGGGAGGGCGUAAAGUGGGUGGGUGGGGGGGAAAAGAGACAGCGAUCUCCGUGGCGGGGACUGAGCAUGGAAGAGCCGCCGGAGGGGCACGGCCACCGAGACGCGGCGCCCGGCCCGGCGAGCAGCGGCAGCGAUGGCGAGAGCGUGCCCGUGUCCCCCAGCCCCGCGCCCGCCUCCCCCGCCGCGCCCUGCCCCCUGCCCCUGCCCCGCCGCCGCCACCCGCCGCCGCCCCCGCCGCCGCCGCCCCACCGCACCACCAACUUUUUCAUCGACAACAUCCUGAGGCCGGACUUCGGCUGCAAGAAGGAGCCGCCCGCGCCGGCCGGCGGCGGAGGAGGAGGAGGUAGCCGGGAGCGGGACGGAGACCGGGGGCAGAGCUCAGGUAGAGAAAACGUCAACCCGCUGCUGGCCCGGCCGCCCAACCCGCCCUCCCUCCUCUGCCCGGACUCGAACUGCCGUCCCGACGGCUCCGCGCCGCCGCCGCCGCCCGCCGCCGCCGCCAAAGCCAGUCCCGCCGCGGCGGCAGCGGCGGCGGCGUCGGGGGCGGCCAAGCCCCCCUCCGACGGGGGCGAGACUCACCCGGCCAAGUACGGGGAGCACGGCAGCCCCGCCAUCCUCCUCAUGGGCUCUAAUAAUGGAGGACCUGUUAUAAAGCCCGACUCGCAACAGCCGCUGGUGUGGCCUGCCUGGGUCUACUGCACUAGGUAUUCAGACAGACCGUCCUCGGGCCCCCGCACCAGGAAGCUGAAGAAGAAGAAGACGGAGAAGGAGGACAAGCGGCCGCGGACGGCGUUCACGGCCGAGCAGCUGCAGCGGCUGAAGGCGGAGUUCCAGGCGAACCGGUACAUCACGGAGCAGCGGCGGCAGAGCCUGGCCCAGGAGCUCAGCCUUAACGAGUCCCAGAUCAAGAUCUGGUUCCAGAACAAACGGGCCAAAAUCAAGAAGGCGACCGGCAUCAAGAACGGGCUGGCGCUGCACCUCAUGGCCCAGGGACUCUACAACCACUCCACCACCACGGUGCAGGACAAAGAGGAGAGCGAGUGAGGCGGGCGGCCCCAGCCCAGCCCUGCGCCUCGGCGCCGGCCCGCCGGCCGGGAGGCGGACAGG